GUCUGUGGGCCAGUGACCGUCACGGACCAAUCAGAGACCAGGUGGGCGUGUCGUGACUGUUACUACAGAUGCUGAGAGAAGCUUGCUGCCGACCUGCUGCUGCUACACCUAUGAGUCUCCACGUUAAUGAGCAGCCUGGGCUCGCGCGCCACUGACGAGCUGGUUAUGCCGAGAUAAGGAGCCAGCUCACGCGCUCCGUCCAAUAAUGGCAUGCGACGGUUCCCCCGCGGAGGACUUCUCGGAUAAGCUGAUGCCCAGAGCGGCUCCCUGCAUGUGCAACAAGAAGUGCCGGGGCAGGAGCACCAGCCUGGUCUUCCUGGGAUUAUUCCUGCUGUCGCUGACCCUGCACGCGGUCACGCUGGUCUGCUACCUGGACUUACGCUCCGAAGUCAAAAGGGAAAUUAUCCACCAGAAGCGGGACUCUAUGGGGACACUGAGCGGGAGGGACCUGCUGGCUGACCCGGCUGCGGUGCUCUCACCCCCGGGUCACCCGCGAGUGGACUCCGGCAGAAGCCGCGGCGGAGAGGGGCACGAGGAGAGGCUACUGUACAGAAACGGCGACUUCCACGGCACGCAGGACAAGAGGGGCCGACCGCAGAGGGCGAAAAGGAGCCCCGGCAGGGAGCCAGAAACAGAAUCGAACGGGAAGGAGAGAAGGAAAGAUAAGAAAAAAGGAAAGAAAAGGCCUGUACCUGGGCCUCCCGGUCCUCCAGGUCCUCCCGGCCCUCAGGGGCCACCGGGCAUCCCCGGAAUCCCCGGUAUUCCAGGAAGCAACGUUGUGGGGCCCGCAGGUCCCCCCGGACCUCCCGGGCCGCAGGGACCACCGGGCACUCAAGGUCCAGCAGGGGUUCCCGAUAAGACAAAGAAAUUCCAGGUAAGGCCAGCGGUGGUUCAUUUACAAGGACAAGAAGCAACCAUCCAAGUGAGAGAAGAUCUCUCUCAAGGCGUCCUAAGGAACUGGAAAAUGGUGUCCAUCAAUAAGGACGUGUUCAGGAUGAACCCUCGCACCGGGGAGCUGGUGGUGCUGCUGGACGGUGUCUACUUCAUAUAUAGUCAGGUAGAAGUGUACUACCUCAACUUCACUGACAUCGCCAGCUACGACGUGAUGGUGGACUCCAACCCGUUCCUGCGCUGCACUUGCAGCAUCGAAACGGGCCAGCGCAAGUUCAACACCUGCUACACGGCCGGGGUGAGCCUGCUGCGCUCGGGCCAGAAGAUCUCCAUACGCAUCGCGCACGAGUACACGCUCAUCAACAUGACCAACCACUCCACCUUCCUGGGAAGCGUCAGGCUCGGAGAAGCUCCAUCUGCUGGACAGAACGGAUAACUGCAGCGUCUCAUGCUGGACUGCUGCGUUGGUUAAAAGGGGCUGCACCUCGCUCCGGUUUAGAGGACACUGAACUCUUGUCUUUGUUUUAAAAAAAGGACAAUAAAGACUGUUUUGCUUCCCUUCUCUACGAUUCUUCGCAGACAGACAAAGCCUCAUCAAACACGUUUCUAUUUAUAGCUUCCCUUUUGAGUCGGCAUGUCUCCUUAUAACUAGGAAGGACACUGUGUUGACAGAUAACCACGUUUCAAGUGCCGUUGAAUGAUACUCUUGUGUCCCCAAAAACUGCCAGUUGUUUUAAGAUGAUUUAUUUUCUGUUUUAUUAUUUAAGCGUUUCAAAGAGGGGGUCGAAACUCCAGAAGUUAAAAAGCUAAGCAAACUGGAGUUGGAAGGUGUUCAAAGAGCAACAGCACUAUAUAUUUUUUGCGCACAUUUGCACUACAGCGUUCCUACAGUGCUAUUGUUUAUUUCCUUCAUGAGCGAAUCCAUGUAGAAAAGCAAAGUUGUUAAUACACGUCUGUAUAUAUUGUAUAUAAAAAGGGAUAUACUUUUUGUAAAUGGAGUUGAUGGAUUAAAAUGUUUCAUUUUUCUGUCUAAA